AUGUCUUUAGAUUAACUUGCAGAUUCCCUAAUGGGUCGUCUUGAUGGGAAAGUCAUCAUCCUAACUGCUGCUGCUCAGGUCGGCAGGGCGGCUGCCUUAGCUUUUGCAAAAGAAGGAGCUAAAGUCAUAGCUACAGAUAUCAAUGAGCCCAAACUUCAGGAACUGGAAAAGUACCCAGGUAUUCAAACUCGUGUCCUUGAUGUCACAAAGAAGAAACAAAUUGAUCAGUUUGCCAAUGAAGUUGAAAGAGUUGAUGUUCUCUUUAACGUUGCUGGUUUUGUCCAUCAUGGAACCAUCUUGGACUGUGAGGAAAAAGACUGGGACUUCUCAAUGAAUCUCAAUGUGCGCAGCAUGUACCUGAUGAUCAAGGCAUUCCUUCCUAAAAUGCUUGCUCAGAAAUGUGGCAACAUUGUCAACAUGUCCUCCGUGGCCUCCAGCAUCAAGGGAGUGGUGAACAGGUGUGUGUACAGCACAACCAAGGCUGCUGUGAUCGGCCUCACAAAGUCCAUUGCUGCAGACUUCAUCCAGCAGGGUAUCAGGUGCAACUGUGUGUGCCCAGGAACAGUUGAUACUCCAUCUUUGCAAGAAAGGAUACAAGCCAGAGAAAAUCCUGAAGAGGCACUAAAUGAUUUCCUGAAGAGACAGAAGACAGGAAGGUUUGCAACAGCAGAAGAAGUAGCCCAGCUCUGUGUGUAUUUGGCUUCUGAUGAGUCGGCCUAUGUCACAGGCAACCCUGUCAUCAUUGAUGGAGGCUGGAGCCUGUGACUACAGAGUCUUCACAUCCACAGGGAACCUGGCUCUCAAGAAAUUCACCGGUCGUCUC